CCUCCUUUCUGCGUAAGCGCAACCAACCAACAGUGGGCAUUCAUGAAUAUUUCUUUGGGAGUGAGGUAUAGUGUACAAAUGCGUGACUACUUUUCGCUAAAUAGUUAUUUUUAUUUAAACGAGCUAAUUGCAGGUGCAAUUCUGGUCCUUGUUGUUUUUAACAUAGCAUUUGAGAUCUGUUCCAGCUUUUGAUAAUUUUGAUGUAGUGUCGCUGCUAAAAGAUGCCGCAGCCGAAAUCCCGAAAAAUCGCCGUCCUGGGCUACAGAUCCGUCGGUAAAUCCUCCUUGACAAUACAGUUUGUGGAAGGCCAGUUUGUCGACUCAUAUGACCCAACCAUUGAAAACACGUUUACAAAGAUGAUCACAGUGAAUGGUCAGGAGUACCACCUGCAGUUGGUGGACACAGCUGGACAGGUGUGUCCCUCUUACCAGUGGAGAGACUUCUCACACAUCAGAAUGUUGUGGUCAGACUGCCAGUGGGCCACUGAUGAAUACUCCAUUUUCCCACAGACCUACUCCAUAGACAUCAACGGAUACAUUUUGGUGUAUUCUGUCACGUCAAAUAAAAGUUUUGAAGUAAUAAAAGUUAUCCACGAAAAAUUAUUGGAUAUGGUGGGUAAAGUACAAGUACCCAUCAUGUUGGUGGGGAACAAGAAAGAUCUACACAUGGAACGUGUAAUCAGUUGUGAAGAAGGCAAAGCACUGGCUGACUCGUGGAACGCAGCAUUCAUGGAGUCCUCUGCAAAAGAGAACCAGGUGAUGGCGAUGACUGGACAUUCACUCCCAGAGCCAUUGACGGCGGUGGAGGUGUUCAAGAGGACCAUCCUGGAAGCGGAGAAAAUGGAGGGGGGAGCCCCCCAGGGCAGGACGUCCUGCUCCCUGAUGUAACCAUCCGCCUCGGGCCCUCGCAACCCGUCCCCAACCACAGCACUGGACACUGGGAAAUCCCUCUACUUGAAGUGGCUAACAGCCUGUUCUCCCUCGAGAAGCGUCUUCUUUUUUUCCCUUAUAUUUGUGUUUUUUGGGGGGGAAGGACAGAGGAAGACUUUGACAUUAAGAGUAAUUAUCAAUCCCAGUUAAGAGUACACUCCUACCCCCCCCCUGUCUUCCCCUUCUUCUGAGAAACUAAACUUGGUGAAAUAUCAAGCCUUACUUCUCAUUUAAAGCCUGUAAUCUCAUUGCUACCUGAACCCCCCCCUGCCUUCCCCUUGAAAAGUUUGUAUAACAACAUAUUUCAUAAAGUUAUUAUUAUGGCCGCUACAGUUGGCCAGCAUUCAUUCACUAGUGUAGUGAAUGUUGAUUCCCUAUUUUUUUGUUGUAAUCAUUAAAUCUGCAUAUUGUUUCACUACA